AUGGAAAACCCAGAAAGAAUUACAAUUUUGACAAGAUCUUCAAGCUUAGAAGUCGAACCUGAUAAUCUAACAGAUGCUCCUCCAAGUUAUCAGGACACAGUUUCUAAUGCAUCUUUACAAACUCUG